GCGGCGAUCCACCUGGGCGACGUGGCAGCCAUUGCCGGCGCCUCGAGACCCCUCCCCACACGGCCGCCCGCCCGCCCUCUCGCGGCGGGCUUCUGCGCGGCUGCUCUUCCUCGGCCGGACGGAGAGCGGCAGUGUCUCCCCGCCAGGCGCGCUCGCCGCGUCUCCCCCGCGGCCGCAGCUGCUCGCUAGCCCUGAGCGGCGCGGGAGAGCGCAGUGGCGCCGGCGGGAAAGGGUUGUGGACCUGCGGCGCCGCGUUGUGCGCUAGACGACGCGGCCCCGGCUUCGACGCCCUCUGCCCGUUCCAGGAGCAGUAAGAAGACAUGUUGGAUAACAAGAAGAGGUGUAGAGUUUGCGUAUAUCAACCAUGGCCUUAAUGAGCAUGUUGACAGCAUCGAUGCUAGACAGACAGAACAUGUGGCCGGUGGCUGCCAUAUUGACAGUGCAGUUCCGGAAGGUGGAGAGAGCUAUGAUACAAAUUUAAUUAAAAGGUCUUUUUACUGCUGGAUUAUGCAAGAUAUUUAACCCUAUUUUGUUUGAAUUAUGACUUAAAUAUCAAACAUCUUAACUAAGAAAAGGGAAACAUUUUAGUUUUGGAAGUCAGAAUGCCAAGGAAAAGGAAAAAUCUUGGGGGAAAUCCUUUUCGGAAGACUGCAAACCCUAAGGAAGUUAUCGUAUCCAGUGUUGCUAGUCGUGAGGAGCCAACCACUACUCUUCCUUCCAUGGGUGAGACAAAAGUUGAUCAGGAAGAACUCUUCACCAGUAUCUCAGAGAUGUUUUCUGAUCUGGAUCCUGAUGUAGUGUAUUUGAUGCUUUCUGAAUGUGAUUUCAAAGUUGAAAAUGCUAUGGAUUGUCUGUUAGAAUUAUCUGCCACUGAUACCAAGAUAGAAGAAUCAUCUUCACAAAGUUUUGUUGCUUCUGGGAACCAAGUAGGUGCAGCAGAAAGUGAAAUAAUGGAAAAAUGUCCUGAAGAAGAGAGUGAAGAUUCAAAAAUAGAUUCAUUUUUGGACAUGCAGCUAACUGAAGACCUGGAUUCCUUAAUACAGAAUGCUUUUGAGAAAUUGAAUUCUUCUCCUGAUGACCAAGUAUACUCAUUUUUGCCUUCACAAGAUGUUAAUAGUUUUAAUGACCUGAGUGAGUUUGUAAAUCCUGAUUCAAAUAAUAUGACUCCCAUUUUUUCUACACAAAAUAUGAAUUUGAACAGUGAAAAUUUAGACAAUUCUGGCUCUACGUUAAGUUUAAACCCAUUACCUUCACAUUCAGUUUUGAGCGAGUCCAAAUGUUUUAUAAAGGAUAACACAUUGGCCUUGGAAAGUAACUACCCAGAAGAUUCUCUUCUCAGUAGUUCUUUAAAUGUAGCAAGUGACUCCAUCGUGGGCUGUAGCAGUCUCAAUCAAAAACAGAAAGAACUUUUAGAAUCUGAGUGUGUUGAGGCUCAAUUCUCUGAAGCUCCUGUAGAUUUGGAUGCCAGCGAACCUCAGCCUUCUUUAAACCUUCCAGGGCUUGAUUUACCAGGUACGGGUGGGGAUCAGAAAUCUACUCGGGUCUCUGAUGUUUUUCUGCCUUCCGAAGGAUUCAACUUCAAGCCACACAAACAUCCUGAACUGCCAACUAAGGGGAAGGAUGUGAGUUACUGCCCAGUACUUGCUCCUCUCCCCUUACUAUUGCCUCCUCCGCCACCUCCACCGAUGUGGAAUCCAAUGAUUCCUGCUUUUGACCUCUUCCAAGGAAACCAUGGCUUUGUAGCUCCUGUUGUAACCACAGCUGCACACUGGAGAUCUGUGAACUACACAUUUCCACCCUCAGUUAUUUCUCACACUUCCCCAACAAAAGUAUGGAGAAAUAAAGAUGGAACAAGUGCUUAUCAAGUACAAGAAACCCCAGUUUCUCAGGUUGUAAGAAAGAAGACAUCUUAUGUUGGACUAGUUCUUGUUCUUCUCAGAGGUCUUCCAGGAUCUGGAAAAUCUUUUUUGGCAAGGACUUUGCAAGAGGAUAAUCCAAGUGGAGUCAUUCUUAGUACUGAUGAUUAUUUUUAUAUAAAUGGACAGUACCAGUUUGAUGUAAAGUACUUAGGAGAAGCACAUGAAUGGAACCAGAAUCGUGCAAAAGAAGCAUUUGAGAAGAAGAUAUCUCCUAUAAUUAUAGAUAAUACAAACCUACAGGCAUGGGAAAUGAAACCAUAUGUUGCUUUGUCUCAGAAACACAAAUACAAAGUCCUUUUUCGGGAACCAGACACAUGGUGGAAGUUUAAACCAAAGGAACUUGCAAGGCGUAACAUUCACGGGGUAAGCAAAGAAAAAAUAACGAGAAUGUUGGAACAUUAUCAACGUUUUGUUUCAGUGCCAAUAAUUAUGAGUUCUUCGGUUCCAGAGAAAAUUGAACGUAUUGAGUUGUGUGCAUAUUCUUGUGAGGAUAGAAGCACUAGCCCAAGAGACAAUGAAGAUACUAUCUCUGAAAAAGAAGAAAAUGUUUUAUCUUAUUCUUUGAAGCAUCUAGAUUUCAUUGAAGAGAAGAAUCUUGAUGUAACCAAAGAAACAGUGUUACCCGAGAAUGUUACGUAUCUCUCUAAUGCAGAUUUAAACAAAAGAAGAAAAGAAAUAAGUGAUAUGAAUCCUAGCAUUCAAAGUGCUUUAAUUCUGGAAACCCCACACAUAUAUUUUUCUGACUCUGAAAACAAACUACAAGUAACAGACAAAAGUGAAGAAGAGCAAAUAGAAAUGGUGGCUGUAAAAGGGUAUAGUAAAACUGACACAGAUAGUUCUAUGGAAAGAGUAUCACCUAGUACUUGGUAUAGUGAAAAUAAUCAAGAAGACUGUGAUCUUGCAAAUACCGAACCACUUCAAAAUGAAAAACCCUCACCUGGUGAAAUAGUGGAAGAAAGAGCAACAGUAAAGAAAAAAGCCUUUGGGAAGCAAAAAAGCAAAUCAACUUUGGAAAAGUUCCCAAGACAUGAGCUGUCAAAUUUUGUUGGUGACUGGCCAGUUGAUAAGACUAUUGGUCAGAGGACAAAAAGGAAUAGAAAAACGGAAAAAACUUCAUCUGUACAAAAUGACAAAAAGUAUAAUUACCCUCAGUCACACAAAGUAUUAGUUAACAGUUUAUCUGUGAAUAUAGAUUGUGUCCAGCAACGAGGAUCUCCACAUGAAAGUGUAGAGGAUGGCAGAAAGUCACAGUGUGAUGAUGCUUCAGAGCCACUCAGUAGCUAUAAAUAUGAUGCUUAUAAAAAUAUUGAAAAAAACUCAUUCAACAUUGUGGGUGACUGGCCUUCAUCUGAUUCUUUAGCUCAGAGGGAACACAGAUCAAGAAUGCCAAAGACUGGUUUCAGUGAGCCCAACCUAGAAAUUGGAACAAAUGGCAAAAUGAAUGAAAUAUCAUUAUCUACAGCACAUGAGGCCUGUUGGGGCACAAGUCCUCAAAAACUAAAGACAUUGAGUAGCUCCAAUUUAGGAAGUUCUGAAAUGCUACCCAGUGAAAUGACCUGUGAGAGUCAGACUUGUCUAAGUACAAAGAGUCAUGGGCAACACACAUCAUUGCCUCUUACUUUUACCAGUAGUGCACCAACUAUUUGUGGAGUAGUGGAACCAGAAACGUUAGCUGAAUGUCAAGAGCAUAUGCCUAAGAGAGACCCUGGAAAAGAAGUGGGCAUGUGUACCCAGACUGAACCACAGGAUUUUGCUCUUUUAUGGAAAAUAGAAAAGAAUAAAAUUAGCAUUUCAGAUCCUAUCAAAGUAUUAACAGGAAGAUUAGAUGGAUUUAAGCCGAAAGUUUUCAGUAUUAACACAAAAUCAGAUGUUCAAGAAGCAAUUCCAUAUAGAGUAAUGUAUGAUAAAAGCACGUUUGUUGAAGAAAGUGAGCUUACCAGUGCAGAUGAAUCUGAAAAUCUUAACAUUCUUUGUAAACUGUUUGGAUCCUUUUCGUUAGAAGCCCUGAAAGACUUAUAUGAGAGGUGUAAUAAAGAUAUUAUUUGGGCCACAAGUCUUUUGUUGGAUUCUGAAACUAAGUUAUGUGAGGAUGCAGAGUUUGAGAAUUUCCAAAAAUCGUGCGAUGGAUCACAAAUUGGGCCUUUUUCUCUGGGGUUGAAUUUGAAAGAAAUUAUUAGCCAAAGAGGAACUUUAGAGAAUUCUAAUUCUCCUGUGCCAGAGUUUAGCCAUGGGAUUGGUAUUAGUAAUGCUAACUCACAGUCUACUUGUGAUGCAGAAAGAGGAAACUCAGAGCAGACGGAAAUGAGAGCUGUUACUCCUGAAAACCAUGAAUCAAUGACAAGUAUAUUUCCCAGUGCUGCUGUGAGUCUAAAGAAUAAUGACGACGUACUUCCUAACAGCCAGGCAGAACUUUUAUAUAGCAGUAAGCAGUCCUUUCCAGGUAUUCCAAAAGCUACUACUGCAGAUAUGAGUGAAACAGAAAAAAACCUAGUAGUCACAGAGGCUGGAGACAACAUACAUUCUCCUUCACAUUUUUCUGAUAUUUUUAACUUUGUAUCUAGUACUUCAAAUCUUGAAUUCAAUGAAGAAAUUUAUUUUGCUGACUCUCUUGAAAUAAAGAGAAAUGAAAAAUUUCCAAAGGAUUAUGUGAAAUUUUCAGAUGCAGAAGAAUUUAUGAAUGAAGAUGAGAAGGAAAUGGAGGAAAUCCUAAUGGCAGGAAGUAGUUUAUCAGCUGGAGUUAGCGAGGAAGAUAAUACCGAGAUAUUGAAUCCCACUCCAGCGAUGGCCAAAUCUCUGACCAUAGACUGUCUGGAAUUGGCAUUACCGCCUGAACUGGCUUUUCAGCUUAAUGAAUUAUUUGGUCCUGUUGGUAUUGAUUCAGGGUCUCUAACAGUUGAAGAUUGUGUGGUUCAUAUAGAUCUGAAUCUGGCGAAAGUGAUUCAUGAGAAAUGGAAAGAAUCUGUAAUGGAGCGACAAAGACAAGAAGAGGUGUCUUGUGGCAAGUUUAUGCAAGAUCCUUCCUUGGUUGGACAUACUGGGCUUGAUAAUCCUGAACAAAAAUCAUCUCAGAGAACAGGCAAAAAAUUACUGAAGACCUUAGCAGCGUCCGAAAUGCUACCUUUAUUGGAUCAUUGGAAUACUCAAACUAAAAACGUAUCACUCAGAGAAAUAAUGUCAGAAGAAAUUGCUUUACAGGAAAAACAUAAUUUGAAAAGGGAGACCCUUAUGUUUGAAAAAGAUUGUGCCACUAAACUAAAGGAAAAGCAGCUCUUUAAGAUAUUUCCAGCCAUUAACCAAAAUUUUCUGGUGGACAUUUUCAAGGACCACAACUAUUCAUUAGAACACACAGUGCAAUUUCUUAACUGUGUUCUUGAAGGGGACCCUGUAAAAACAGUUGUAGCCCAAGAGUUUGUUCACCAAAAUGAGAAUGUCAUAUCUCAUACUGGCCAGAAGUCUAAAGAAAAAAAGCCAAAGAAAUUAAAAGAGACUGAAGAAACACCAAGCGAACUGUCUUUCCAGGACUUUGAGUACCCAGACUAUGAUGACUACAGAGCAGAGGCUUUCCUUCACCAGCAGAAGAGGAUGGAGUGCUACAGCAAGGCCAAAGAAGCAUAUCGCAUAGGGAAGAAAAAUGUCGCCACCUUUUAUGCCCAGCAGGGUACUCUUCAUGAGCAGAAGAUGAAAGAAGCCAAUCACCUUGCUGCCAUAGAGAUCUUUGAGAAAGUCAACGCCUCGCUGUUGCCACAGAAUGUUUUAGACCUCCAUGGACUGCAUGUGGAUGAAGCUCUAGAACAUUUGAUGAGAGUUUUAGAGAAGAAGACCGAAGAAUUUAAGCAGAAUGGUGGGAAGCCUUAUUUGUCUGUGAUUACGGGGAGAGGAAACCACAGCCAGGGAGGAGUUGCUCGCAUCAAACCAGCUGUCAUUAAGUACCUCAUAAGCCAUAGCUUCAGGUUCUCUGAAAUUAAACCAGGGUGCUUGAAAGUCAUGCUAAAGUAAAAUAGACGUCCUUGAAUUAGAAGUAUGAAGAAUUUAAUAGAGAAACAAGGCUAGAACACAUCUACAUCCUGAAGAGCCGUUUAUAACUUCAUAUUAUAUGAUGACAAAGUUCAUUAUUUUCCUUAAAGUUGAGCAAUUGACUUUUAUGGUCCAAUGAUGAACUUAUUAUUAAUAAAUGAUUGGAUUAACUGUGAGGCUUCUCAUUAAAAUACAAUAUUGCAGCUAUCAGUUGGAGAAUAUAUUAUAAAAUUUUCAGACGGUAUAUCAGAAAAAUGUUUUUAUUUGUACUGUAAAGAAAAUGUAAUUUUGCUGUUAACUCUGUACUUUUUAAAUUGAAAAUGUUUUAUAAAUUUGCUUUUAAAAUUUCUUAUGAAGCCAUUUGCAAAUUACAUACUUAAUUUAAUAAAAUACUUUAGCCACA